CAGCUAUGAUGACGGGGAAGGUUCCCUCAUUCUCCUGCAGCUCUAUAGUGAGCUCCGCUCUGCCCGGCUACGUUGCUCUCUGCCUCACUCUCCAGGUUCACAGGCUAGUGUCAGCACAGUUCACAGUGACUGGACCUGACCAUCCAGUCACUGCCUCCCUAGGUGGGGAGGCAGUCCUGCCCUGCCACCUCUCCCCCAGGAUGAGCGCUGAAAACAUGGAGGUGGGAUGGUUACGAUCCCAGAACUCUGAAGUCGUGCACCUGUACCGUGAUGGGCAGGAUCAGUAUGGAGAGCAGAUGCCGGAAUAUAGAGGAAGAACUGAGCUCUUGAGAGAUGACAUCACCAAUGGGAGAGUUUUCCUGAGAAUACGUGAUAUCCGACCCUCCGACGAUGGGCAGUACAAGUGUUUUUUUCAGUCCAGUGUCUUUUAUAAAGAUGCUUUAUUGGAACUACAGGUGGCAGUUUUGGGCUCUGAUCCUGUCAUCUCUGUGGAGGGACAUCAGGAUGGAGGGAUCCAGGUGGUGUGUCGAUCAUCUGGAUGGUACCCACAGCCCAAGGCUCAGUGGAGAGAUCUCCAGGGGAAGAUCUUACCAUUGGCCUCUGAAGAAAUAACCCCAGAGGCCAAUGGCCUGUUUCAAGCAGAGAUUGCCAUUGUUCUAACAGAAGAGUCCAACCAGAAAGUGUCCUGCUGUGUCAGGAACCCCCGACUCGACCAGGAGAGAGAGUCAGCGAUUUCCCUGGCAGAGCUGUUUUUCCCAAGGGUCAAUCCCUGGACGGUGGCUCUGGGUCUGAUCCUGGCUCUCCUGGCUGUUCUCAUGGCCCUGGCCGGUUACUGCUUCUGGAGGCAACGCAGAGUGAAAGAGACCCUGCGAUUGGAUAAGGAGACCGAGAAAGAGACCCUGCUGUCUGAACGGGAGAGAGAGAAAGAGACUCUGCGAUCUGAGAUGGAGAGGCAGAAAGAGGCUCUGCAAUCUGAGAUGAAGAGACAGAAAGCGGAAUACGAGGCAGCGAAAGAACUGGGACUCACCAGAGCCCAAGGAUACGCAG